AUGCCUGAAGAGCGCGGUGGAGAGAACAGUGGAGAGAACGGUGGAGAGGAUGGUGGAGAGAACAGUGGAGAGCACAGUGGAGAGAAUGGUGGAGAGAACUGUGGAGAGGAUGGUGGAGAGAACAGUGGAGAGCACGGUGUAGAGCACAGUGGAGAGAACGGUGGAGAGCACGUGGAGAGCACGGUGGAGAGAAUGGUGGAGAGCACGGUGGAGAGAAUGGUGGAGAGAAUGGUGGAGAGCACGGUGAAGAGCACGGUGGAGAGAAUGGUGGAGAGCACGGUGGAGAGCACGGUGAAGAGCACGGUGGAGAGAAGGGUGGAGAGCACGGUGAAGAGCACGGUGGAGAGAAUGGUGGAGAGAAUGGUGGAGAGCACGGUGAAGAGCACGGCGGAGAGAAUGGUGGAGAGCACGGUGAAGAGCACGGCGGAGAGAAUGGUGGAGAGCACGGUGAAGAGCACGGUGGAGAGAAUGGUGGAGAGCGCGGUGGGGAGAACAGUGGAGAGCACGGUGGAGAGAAUGGUGGAGAGCAUGGUGGAGAGCACGGUGAAGAGCACGGUGGAGAGCACGGUGAAGAGCACGGUGGAGAGAAUGGUGGAGAGCAUGGUGGAGAGAAUAGUGGAGAGCACGGUGGAGAGAAUGGUGGAGAGCACGGUGGAGAGCACAGUGGAGAGAACGGUGGAGAGCGCGGUGGAGAGAACUGUGGAGAGAACGGUGGAGAGCACGGUGGAGAAAAUGGUGGAGAGCAUGGUGGAGAGAAUGGUGGAGAGCAUGGUGGAGAGCACGGUGAAGAGCACGGUGGAGAGAAUGGUGGAGAGCAUGGUGGAGAGCAUGGUGGAGAGCACUGUGGAGAGCACGGUGGAGAGAAUGGUGGAGAGCAUGGUGGAGAGCACGGUGGAGAGAAUGGUGGAGCACGGUGGAGAGCACAGUGGAGAGCACAGUAGAGAGAAUGGUGGAGAGGACGGUGGAGAGGGUGGUGGAGAGCACAGUAGAGAGAACGGUGGAGAGGACGGUGGAGAGCACAGUGGAGAGGAUGGUGGAGAGCACGGUAAAGAGCACGGUAGAGAUCACGGUGGAGAGAACAGUGGAUAG